AUGAGUAAGAAAAUACUUUUCUGUUUAAUUUUCUUGUUUCGAAGAAAUCUCGGAUUGAGCCGAAAUCGUGAAACAGAACAACAACACUUGGAGCGACUGAUCUGGGAGUCACAACCGCGGUCCAAGGAAAUCUUUGAGAUUUCCACCAAAGCCGGACAGAAUCUAACGAUCUCUUGUCCUAUUAACACAAGUUGGAGUUUCCCGAAUCACACUAAUCGAGAGGUUGAUGGUUAUGAUUUUGAUGAGUUUCAAAAGAGGUUUUACAUUGAGGAAACUCAAGAGAAUACUGAAUUAACAAUCAAUGAUCUUCAACCCACCGAUACAGGCCUCUACCAGUGCGCAGAUUCAGGCAACUUCUCGGAACUCGGAUCCAGUUCUCCUUUGUCCUUUUAUGUAUUCGUUAAAGGUUCAAAUCUCUUUUUGAAGCCGAAGAGAAAGGAAAUUUAUCUUACAACAGGCUCAAGAAGAAACAUGAUCAUCCCGUGUCGGACAACCUCACCAAUUGACGUUACAAAGAUGAAGCUUUUCGUCGACGAUAAGCAAUGGUUUGGAUUGUGCACAGACACAAGAGCUGUACAAACGGUGUUGGACAACAAUGUUCUGAUAAACUUGGGCACCCAGCACAAGGAUAUUUUUGAUUGUAUGCCGACGUUUGCCUACUACUCGGCCAGAGAGUAUGUAGGAGAGCUGGGAAUUCUCGAUUUUUAUGUUGUGGCUGUGUCUCUCAACUGCGUUGUCUGCAAGUUGCCUUUUGCUCGAAAGGCCAACGAGGCUCGAUCACCACGACAUUUAUACUGCGGAUUGGCGAUGUGUCACGAAUGUUUCGAGAAGGUGAUGCGGUUGGAGAAUGAGGAGGGGAAACAUCGAUGUGUUCGGGAAGAUUGCUUUGACAAUCCCAAUUUUGCAUUUUACCUUAUUGAUGUUCUAUCACAAGAAGAUUCCUUGACACUUUCACCUUUGGGAGAUGGUUAUUUGCUUGUCAAGCCCUUCAAAAUUCCCGAAUGUCCAAUUUGCCAUGAUGAAUAUUCGAAUCAAGUUGACGGAAAGAAAUCGCUUUCACUCUAUUGCAAUCACCUUAUCUAUUUCUUGAAUGAAUUGCCAAUGAUGACACGUCAAAUGGAAGGACUGAGGAAUCCUCGUGUUUGUGAUGAUUGCAAGGAGACGCGCAGUAUUGACAAGAUGUAUCACUGUAAUAAAUGCGAUUUGAAGAUUUGUCCAGAUUGCCUUAUUGAGGAGCAUCUAUCUCAUGAGAAAACGCGACUUUGGAAGAAAGCACUUUGUGAAAUGUCCGAGGCUCAACAGAAAGAUACGGUCAAUGUGGUGAAAACGUACAAUGAUUUGUUUGCAGGGAUGCACGAGAAUAUUUUGAAGCCUCUGAAGGCUUUUGAAACGAAAUUGACUUCGAAAGAAGAAGACUGUAAGAACAUUUCGACAUUUGGAGAAGCAAAGCAGACACUUGAAAAAUGCGCGAAGCUGAGAAAGGACUUUGAGACGAUUUCGGAGAAACUCAUACCUGAUUUGCGUCGAUAUGAGACGAAGGUCAAGAUAUUGACUGAAGCAAUUGACAAAGAUGACUAUCAAGGACUUGAAGAUGGAUUU